UGCCAAUAAGGACCAGGAAAUGGGCAUAGAGAUCAUUCGUAAAGCUAUACAGACACCUUGCCUUACCAUUGCCAAGAAUGCUGGUGUAGAUGCAGCGGUAAUUGUCAACAAAGUAAUGGAAGCUUCUGGCGAUACUGGUUAUGAUGCAGCAGCUGGGACUUUUGUUAAUCUCAUCGAAGCAGGGAUCAUUGAUCCUACCAAGGUUGUGCGAUCAGCACUGACGGAUGCUGCUGGUGUGGCUUCACUUCUCACCACAGCAGAAGUGGUUAUAACAGAAAUCCCUAAAGAGGAGCCAGCUGGUGGAAUGGGAGGAAUGGGUGGUAUGGGCGGCAUGGGUGGUAUGGGAGGAAUGGGUGGCAUGAUGUAAAUUGCACUAGUGCGUACUUUAUAAAUACAUCCCAGUGAUUCAUUGGAUUUUGUGAGCAACAGUAACAGUAUAUUCAUUUAUUAAGUAAUUGGGCUGCUGUUUAAAUGUAACGGACAUAUGCUAGUACGUAUUGAACAAGAUGAACAUUGUAAUUGUUUUGUGCAAAUUCCAAGAAUUUAGCAAUCAUUCCAAACUUUUUUUUAAUGCAUUUCAAUUCAUAUUUUCAUCUUCAUAUCAUAAGUGUGAAUAUGUUGCAUGUAAUGAGAUAUAACUUGAUAAGUGUAAGUGUUGAAUGUUUGUACAAAGUGUAUAUAAAAGGCCAUUGUAGAUAAUUUUGUUAUCCAGGCAAAUAGAUUGUCCCCAAAUUAAAAUAAGGUUUUUUGUAUUU